AGGAGGAGGAGGAGGGACAGGGAAGGAAAAUGCCUUUCUCUGUGGGAGACAUUAGCCCUGUGAUCUCAUGAAUAUAUUACAGAGCAAUGAGGAAGGUGUAGUGAGCUGCCAAAGCACACACUGCUACAGCUUAUAUUCUAAUUGCUAGUCAGUUAUUUUAGUUUUUAAAUUCUUAAUAAAUAAAGGUGAUGCAAAUUCAAGCCUAGAAUAGUACACUAAUGGGCGUUCCUGGUGUGAAAAAAGCUAUUAUUAACAGCCCAACUACGCUCGAUUAAACGGUCAUCAAGCAGCCUUGCCUUGUUAGCUCCGACUGCGACACUACGGCUAAGCUAACAGUGUUUAGCCGAGCUAACGCAACAAUUAAGCGGCUUCAUCGUCUGGCAGCUGGCGCGCACACAUAAGCUCGUAGGGCUGCCACUUAAGGACAGUGGGGGCUCUCUAAUGAUCCCCCGUUCAUCCAAUGAACCCCCUCAACUCCAUGAAACCCUCCCUGCCUCCCACUCCACAGAGCAGUGACGGCCCCUUCCUAAAUGAGCCAGUCUCCUGGCAACCAGGCACCAAUCAGCACACAGGAUCUCUCUCAGUAGUAACCACAGUGUGGGGUGUGACCAAUCCCACACACAGCCAGGUGUUUGGUGCACCCAUGGGCCCUGGUGAGAGCUCUGGCGGUCACAUGAUGCCCAGUGGCAGCCCUGGCAUGCCUGCUGGCAUGGGCUCCCAGUUCAUGGGCCAGCAGUCGUAUGGAGACGCCGUCUCUAAAGGCUACGGCCAACCAGUCAUGUACGGACGUCCCAGCACUGCCUACAACCCAGCCUCCGCCUAUGGUGGAAAUUACUCUGGUAACAGUGGAGGUGCCGGCAUGGGCGUUCGGCCUCCCUCAGACUUCACUCAAGCUGCUGCCGCCGCUGUUGCUGCCGCCGCUGCCACAGCAACUGCCACUGCUACGGCAACUGUCGCAGCAAUACAAGAAAAACAGAACCAGGAACUGAGCUAUGGCCAGAUGGGUGGAGCAUCCUCUUACAGCACCCAGUUCCUGUCUCACUCGGGCCCCCGCGGCCCUCCAGGGAUGAACCCUGGUGGGAUGGUCCCUUCCAGGCCCGGGCCGCCUCCUUCUACUGCAGGCUUGUAUCCCUCUCACCCUGUGCAGACACAGAGGAUGCCUCAGCACGGAGGCUAUCCAGGCGGACAGCAGGGGCUCAAACGGCCUUUCCAUUCGGAGGGUUUUCCGGGGCAGCAGUACGGCUCUGGUGGGAUGUCAGGGUACCCUAACCAGCCUCUGCAGUACCCCACUGGUCCACAGCAAAGAUGUGCUCCCUCGCCGUCUUACCCCUCCAGCCGGAUGCCUCAUAUGGGGCAGUACUCAUCCGGAUCACACAAUCCAGCACAGUUUCCCCCAGGAGCCGGACAGCCCAAUCCUCCACAGUAUUAUAAGUCGGAGCCUUUCAAUGGUCAGGGCAGCCUGCCAUCUGGAGGAACUGGAGGAUACAAUGCUUUCACACAGGCUGCAGUGAACGGGCCAGGGAGGGGGGGAGUGAUGCCUGGGUACCCCAGCUCACCGAUGGGAGGGAAUCCCACCCCGCCGAUGACACCUGGGACCUCCAUACCUCCCUACCUUUCCCCAGGCCAGGACACCAAACCCCCCUACCUUCCACCAGACACCAAACCCAACAUCAACACCCAGCAGCCCUCCACAGGAAACCCCAGCGAUGACCUGCGUCUUACCUUCCCGGUACGAGAUGGCGUCGUGCUGGAACCCUUUAGACUGGAGCACAACCUGGCCGUCAGUAACCAUGCCUUCCAGCUCCGAGAUUCUGUCUACAAAACCCUCAUGAUGAGACCGGAUCUGGAGCUGCAGUUCAAGUGUUACCACCAUGAGGACAGACAGAUGAACACUAACUGGCCUGCCUCUGUGCAGGUUAGUGUUAAUGCAACUCCUUUGUCCAUUGAAAGAGGCGACAACAAAACCUCCCACAAGCCCUUGUACCUAAAGCAAGUGUGUCAACCAGGACGCAACACUGUGCAGAUCACCGUGACAGCAUGCUGCUGUUCCCACCUGUUUGUGUUGCAGCUGGUUCACCGACCGUCUGUCAGGUCUGUCCUGCAGGGUCUCAUGAAGAAGAGGCUGCUGCCAGCCGAGCACUGCAUCACCAAGAUAAAGAGAAACUUCAGCAGCGGCACCAUCCCCGGGACCCCAGGUCUGAAUGGAGAGGACGGUGUGGAGCAGACGGCAAUCAAAGUUUCUCUCAAAUGCCCGAUCACGUUCAGACGAAUCCAGCUGCCAGCCAGAGGCCACGACUGCAGGCACAUACAGUGUUUCGACCUGGAGUCAUAUUUGCAACUUAACUGUGAACGAGGGACCUGGAGAUGUCCUGUGUGCAAUAAAACAGCUUUGCUAGAGGGGCUGGAGGUCGACCAGUACAUGCUCGGGAUCCUUGUCUACAUCCAGAACUCUGACUAUGAGGAGAUCACCAUAGACCCGGUGUGUGGCUGGAGGCCGGUGCCUGUUAAACCUGACCUCCACAUAAAGGAGGAGCCCGACGGUCCGGUCCUCAAACGCUGCCGCACCGUCAGUCCGAGUCACAUGGUCCUGCCAAAUGUGAUGGAGAUGAUUGCCGCUCUGGGCCCGGCGUCGUCCCCCUACCAGAGUCUGACUGCAGGAGGCAGAAACACCCCAGACUACAGCCGACCAGGGAGUCAAGGAUUCUCCAGCCAACCAGGAUUCACAGACUUCCCCAACACUCCCGGAACCCCGACACUCGGAGAGUACACUUCAUCCGGACCACCACCUCCACUCCCGUAUCAGCCCGACCAGCCGGCUCACUCCGGACGAAUAGACCACUCCCAUAGCCUCCUCCAGCAGCACGCUUCAGGUGUCCAUGGCAACCAGAGUCUUGGUGAUGCUGGUAGCCCGCUGCCACAGCGGAGCGCCAAUACCCAGAAUUCUCGACUGCAGGGUGACAGCUCCUUUGGUCUGGGUGGUCCAGGAGCUUCUGGAGGUGAUGGAGCCGAUCACGCACUAGAUCUACUUCCCGAGCUGACCAACCCAGACGAGCUGCUGUCCUACCUGGGCCCCCCCGACCUCCCCAACAACAGCAGCGACGACCUGCUGUCUCUGUUCGAGAACAACUGAUGUGACAUUCACGUCUACGCUGGUCAUCUUCCAGUCCAGCCUCUGCUUCUGUGUGCCGCCUGAAGGCAGCACCAGAUCUGUUUGCACCCUCUACCUGUGCGUGCACGUGUGUCUAUGUGUGCGUGUGUUUGUGUGUGUGGGUAUGGUAUGGGUGUGUGUGUGUGUGUGUGUUUAAGCAAGCGUGUGUGGUGGUGUUUUUGUGUAUCCUUGUCUUUCUGAAGUGUCCUGCUGUACUCUGAAGCUCUGUCAGUACAGUGUGGAUUUGGGAUUGAACACUGAGUAUGAAGAAUCUAACAGUACGCAGACACCGACUCUGCAGACCAGCAUUUUAAACUAUAGCACAAACCACAAGCUGGAGGAUUCUAUUUAUAGGUUUUAUAAGUGGAGGAUAAUGGAAGUUAAUGGACACAUUAAUACAGUGGUUCCUAAACUCUGACUACUGGGCUCUUACAUGCACCCAAUAUUAACAGACACUGUCUUUGCUGCAUAUCAUGCGCAUGUCGCAACAUUGUCUGAGCUUUUACUGCAACUUAUCUUUCUAAGUUUAUGCUAUAAAUCCAGAUGUUUUUAAACUCACUAAAAAGAAAAAUUGAUUCAGAUCCCAGAGUUUCCAAACACAUCCAGCUGAAGUUGGUGAAAUUUAUAUGACACUCAAAGGACAUUCUGAGACUUUUCUGUGAUAUGCAACCCGAACCAAAGCCACACCUAAAUUUAACAGGUUCUUCGUUUGCCUGUGCUCCACCUCUCGAAAUGGCUUGGCAGUCUUUGUGGCUGCUGACAGACAUGAAUUCUUCAUUGCAGGGUCUCUCACCUGAGCCUCUCAGAAUCAGCUGAUUUUUUUGUACAAUAACUUCAGUAUAUUUUUCCACAAAGAAAAAAUCCCCGACUGCCUGAAAUGGCUUACAUGUAAGUUCUUAAACAACACCUUGUGUCCUUCCUUGUCUUGGCCCAAUAACACUGCAGUGUCAGUCUAGGUGAUUUCAUAAUACAAAGCAAACACCAAUAAUAAUAAUUUACCCCUUAUUGAUGAUGUUAUUAUAUUUAUAUUAUGUCCAACUUCAGGGAAAAACAACAGAGGCACAGCAAAUAAUUAAUGAGGCCGUUGUUGAUGCUGGUAUCAAGUAUCUCAAUCCUGACUGUUGCAUAUCUGCGUUGCAAGAAUUUAUCAGAGCAGCACACCACAAUACUUUGAAGAUUGGAAAAUGCCUUGAGUCUUAAGAAAAACUCAAGUUCAACUGAUGGUCCUUUCUACAAAUACCAACAAAGUUUGGGAACCGUUGUAAUAUUCUGUAUUAUUCUUAUUGUCAACAAAUCACAUGAAAGCACUGAAACCAACUCUGCGUUCAGCCAUCUCUCAAUACUUGGACUUAUCUUGUGCCUACUAAAGAUAUUUAAAACCAAGUUCAUUUUUGUAAUUUCCUGAAACAACUUCAGAUUUCUUGAAAGUGACCAAAACAGGAGGAAACUAGCUGGGGACUAUUUUCAAUAGCAGAUUAAUCCACAUUUGGUGCAAGAACAAGAACAUGAUGCUCAACCUCUUGCUUUAGUCUGUGAGGCUUCUUUUUUUUUUUUUACAAAUGUUCCAAUUGUGAUUUACCAAAAACUGUUGAAUAUCACCUGUUCUUGACUUUCUAACCAUUACCAAAGAGUAAAAACAAGAUUUUCAGACCGCAGAUCAUCAAGUCCUGCUUUCAAAAACCCAAAAGUUAAAAGGUUAGCAGUGCUAUUUAUUGUUUUGGAGGAGGUGAAACUAUUAGAAAAUAUUAAUAAAUAAAGGAGUAUCAGGGUCAUUGUAAGUGAUCACACUUGAUUUUAGUUUAUUUUUUUCUAUAGUUUUGUAUUUGCCUUCUUGACCAGGUAUCCCAGUGUAGAGAUUUUAAAUCUGAAAAGAUGUUGUGGAUCAUUGAAGGCUGAAUAAAGAGUCAACUCAAAUGAAAUCAGCUUUCAGAACCAGAGGGUAGGAUGUACAAUUAUGAAGAAAGGAAAAAAAAAAAGAGGCCACUUUGAUCCAUUUUGCAAGUUUAAAUAAACCUCAUCACACCAUAGAUGCUGCCGGUUAACAAGGAACACCAUGAGGUGGUGCAACAUGUGGAACCUCAUAUUGUAGUUUGGUAUCAACUCAUCCACAUCUGAAUGUUUAUUUCUGAACAGGCCUCGUUCAUGACGAUGUCUUUUCAAAGGUUGGGUGUUGAUUAUAUGGUGGCAUUUCUGGGCUCUUAUUUUCUCAUUUUUAAAUCUGAUGGCAAACGAUCAUUUGAUUAGUUCGUCCACUGUAGCUAUAAUUUGUUUGUUUUUGUUUUUAACUGCAAUGACCCUGAUACAUCUUCCUGAAUUACCUGCAGGAGUAAAGAGUUAAACAAAUCUAAUCUAAUCUAAGUUAGUAAUGUUAUUGUGUUAAAACUGCUAUAAAAUGUUUCAAAUUAAAACAUCAUGAUUUCAGGUGAAAUGAGUGUUUUCACCCUUGUGGAAACUGGUAAAUUCGAACUCUAUGUUUGUAUAAGCAGUUCUUGCAUGUGGACAGUGUUUAAAAGUAGUGAUAGUUUUGCUCAUAAAACUAAUAAAACUAUGUAACAAUAAAAUUAACAAUUAUGAAAAAUAAUUAUUAUCCAAAUAAGUAACAAUACAUUUAGUAUUUAGUUCAAUUUAAACAAAAUUUUAGUGAAAUGCAGUAUCAUGUCUCUGUCAUAUGUGUCAUAUGUAUCAGUCUAAAUUCAGAUUUUCAAAAUUUAAUUUUAGAUUAAAUUUGUGUCAUUUUAAAAAGUUAAAAUUGGUCAAUUCUACAAAUAAUUUGGGAACCAAUCUGUUUGAACCAAUGCUCUUGCAUGGGGCCUGAUAUUUGUGAGCAUUGUUGCUGGUUUUAUUCAUAAGUCCAAUAAAAAGCAAGAAAAAAUAUUAAUGUAAUAACAUUUUAGUAAGAAUUAUCAUAUAAAUAGUUAUUAUAGUACACUAAUAAAAAUGGAUUUGGUCAACUAAUUCAAAUUUUAUUUAAUUACAGUGUCAUGUUCAUGCUCUAGUUUAGAUUUUAAAAAAAUUUAAUUUCAGGUGUUUUCAGUGAAUGCUACAAAUAUCUUUGAACUGAACUGCUACCAAAGUUGCUCUUGCAGAACUUGUUACGAUAAUUGUUAAAGUUUGGUCCUAAAACCAAAUAAAAAUUGUAAUUCACUGUAGAAUAAUAAGACUCAAUAAUUAUUGGGAUAAUUAUUAUAAUAAUAACAUCAUGAGAAAUCGUCAAAAUAAAUACAACAAGAUUAACAGAAAACAUUGGUCAGUUAAUUAUGAUAUCAUGUUCAAACUCUAAAUGAAUUCAGGUUAAGACGCUAUGAUUUCAGGUGAAAUUACUGUUUGUAUCCUUGUGUAAAUUGGUGAGUGGUGCAGAUAGCUUGAGAAUAUGUGGUUCUUGCACGAGGCCCAGAAUUGUUGGUUUUGGUUAUUUUAUGUGAAUUAUUAACAAUAAAAAAAAUAUUUAGAAUAGCAAGCAUUUCAUUUUGAACAUUGUGAGGACGACGAGAUGAAGAGGAUCCAAGCAUGAACUGAUCAUUGAGUAAACCAGAGAAAAUACAACCCACAUGUACAGAAGACAUUUAGAAUAUGUGACGCUGGGAGAGUGCUGAGGUUCAUUGUGUCUCUGACGUCCUUCAGCACUGUGAAAUAUGAAAAUAACCCCCCCCCACCACCACCACCACCACCACCACCACUGUUUUCCUCUGUUGGUUCACCCUCUCUGGGGGGUUUCAAGCUGUGUGUCGUGGCAUUUUCUGCCAUCUGAAAGCUGUUUGUAUGUUUUUAAAUGGUUUGACAUGUAUAACCCAUCAUGACGCGGGUUUGUGUCCUGUAUAAUCAGCUGUUUUCAUUAGAGAACGUGUGUGUACCAAAUGAAUUGUUAAUCAUGGUAAUUUUAAUGUUAUUAGUUGGAUAAUGGAUCAUUGUUGGCACUGUAUACAUACUGUAUGUUAGAAAACUAUAAAGCAACUGUAAAAAUGUCACAGUCAUACGUACAUUCGUGAUGCAUGUAUGACAGAAAACUUACAGUCAGCUGACAUUGAGUUAAUGCAGUUACAGAGGUUGAAAUUAUUCUUAAUACCACUUUUUAAAGCUGACGUUUUUUCUAUGAAGGAUUUUCCGACUGUGGUCCGACAAGGCAGCAAUGAACAAUGUUCAAUUUGAGCAACACAAUAAUGUUAUAUUUGGAAAAUAUGGACUAUUUAACUGCAAAUUUGCUAGGAAAAAAAAGUUUUUUAAUAUGUAAACUAUUCCACAUAUUUUGUAACACAUUGUAAUUGCCAUUAUUUUCUAUUUAUUUUUUAAUCAUAAUCAUCAUUGUACCUACAGUUAUUUUGUCCUCCUCCUGAAACUCAGAAUCAGAAUUAAAAAUCACUUUAUUUGACAAAA